CCUUCAUAUCAUCCCACAAAACUUGGCAACCACACCAUAGUUGCUUGGACCACCAUUGUUUGUGACAAAUUCUCAAACAAUUCUUUGUAAAUUAAUCAUGGAAAAUAAAAUGAUUAAUCUUCUCAACUUCCUAGACUCCAAACCCUUACUAAUAAUCUCCCUCAUAGUCCCUCUCUUUGCUAUAUUCCUCCUAUCAAGAUUUCGCCGUAAGCGAUAUCCGCCCGGGCCUCCUGGCUGGCCCGUGAUAGGUAACAUGGGCCUUAUGGACCAGCUCACCCAUCGCGGGCUAGCCCAAUUAGCCAAAAAGUACGGAGGAAUCUUCCACCUCCGUAUGGGCUUCCUCCACAUGGUGGCCGUGUCGAGCCCGGACGUGGCCCGGCAGGUCCUCCAGGCCCAGGACAACAUUUUCUCCAACCGGCCCGCUACAAUUGCGAUAAGCUACCUCACGUAUGACCGGGCCGACAUGGCAUUCGCCCACUACGGGCCCUUCUGGCGCCAGAUGCGGAAGCUCUGCGUCAUGAAGCUCUUCAGCCGCAAACGGGCCGAGUCCUGGGACUCGGUCCGGGACGAGGUGGACGACAUGGUCCGGGCCGUGGCCAUGAGCAGCCGGACCGUUGUGAACAUAGGCGAGCUCGUGUUCGGGCUGACCCGGAAUAUAACGUACCGGGCCGCGUUCGGGUCGGUCUCGCACGAGGGACAAGAUGAAUUCAUCAAGAUUUUGCAAGAAAUCUCCAAAUUGUUUGGAGCUUUUAAUAUUUCGGAUUUCAUUCCGUUUUUGGGGUGGAUUGAUCCACAGGGGAUUAAUGGGAGGUUGAUCAAAGUUCGGGCCCAACUUGAUGGAUUUAUUGAUACUAUUAUCGAUGAUCACAUGCAAAAAGCCCGGCCCGAAAAUGGGGGCAUUGAGUCGGAUAUGGUGGAUGAGCUACUUGCUUUUUAUAGUGAAGAGGCUAAGGUUUCUGAAUCGGAGGAUUUGCAGAAUUCGAUCAGUCUAACAAGGGACAAUAUUAAGGCAAUUAUUAUGGACGUAAUGUUUGGUGGGACCGAGACGGUGGCAUCGGCGAUAGAGUGGGCUAUGGCGGAGCUAAUGCGAAGCCCAGUGGACCUGAAGCGGGCCCAGCAAGAGCUGAUGGACGUGGUGGGCCCCAACCGGAAGGUGGAGGAGGCCGACUUCGACAAGCUGACAUUCCUCCGCUGCUGCCUCAAGGAGGUCCUCCGCCUCCACCCUCCGAUCCCGCUCCUCCUCCACGAGACGGCCGAGGACGCCGUCGUGUGCGGGUUCCACGUGCCCGCCCGGUCGCGCGUGAUGAUCAACGCGUGGGCGAUCGGGCGGGACGAGGGCGCGUGGGAGGACGCGGAGGCAUUCAGGCCCUCGCGGUUCCUCCGCGACGGCGCCGCCGACUUCAAGGGCGGGAGCUUCGAGUUCAUCCCGUUCGGGUCGGGGCGGAGGUCGUGCCCCGGGAUGCAGCUGGGGCUCUACGCGCUUGAAGUGGCGGUGGCGCACCUGCUGCAUUGCUUCACGUGGGAGCUGCCGGACGGGAUGAAGCCCGGGGAGAUGGACAUGGAUGACGUGUUCGGUCUCACGGCGCCACGCGCCACCAGGCUCAUGGCGGUGCCCACGCCGCGGCUGCUGUGCCAGCUGUACUAGCUAAGCGCACGUUUUCGUUUGUUUUUAUUAAUUUCUGCUGGUUUUUGGAUAUAGUUAUGCGCAUUUAAUUAUGCAACGAAAUAAUUAGCGAGUUUGGGGAAAUAUGUGAGAUUGAAUUUGUAAAAAUAUCUAUGUAACACGGUUUGUCUGAUUGAAUGGGAAAUGUGCUUAUUAUUCUAUUUUAUCAA